GCGGGCCAUCUCUACCAGCCGAUAGUUCGCGCUGCUUUGGCCACUCUGCUCGGCUAUUAAUUUACGAAAUUUACGAACAAUUAACAUAAACUUUUACAUUUAUCCGUGUGUUUUUAGCAAUAACUAUAUAUUUAUGUGCCGUUGUUGACUACGUCUAAGUGCCACAGUGUCCGCGCGUUGAGCCUCCAACCAGUUGCUCGAAAUUCCACAAAUCAGAGUGAUAAACACUAGAAUGUUUUGAUACAGUGUAUAUUCGUGUGCAAUGAUUCAGCAAGGCGUCGCUCCCUGAAAUCACCUCGUUAAGAAUUUAGUGUUAAACGCUACCUCAAAGUGUCACCAUGAUCGGGCCAAGUUCGCAGAUCAGCAAGAUCCUGCUCACCCUGCUGUUCCUGCUGAUCAUCUUCUACGUUUUCAUGGACGUGGAGCUCUACCUGCGCAUCCACAACUACGCCAUCGAGCGGAACUACCACACGAAUGUCUCCCUGCCCGUUUCCGUGGGUCAGUCCACCUCGGAGUCCGGAUCGGGCAGCAGUAGCAGCAGCAGCAGCAGCACGAAACUCCCCACCGCCGCCGCCGACAGGCAGCCGUCCUACGAGGACCACACCUGGAUAUCCUGUGAUAUAAACCCGCUCUGUCAUAUCACCGUCAAGGCCAUCUUGCUGGACCACACCAACCAUUAUCUGUUCGCCCCGCUGGCCACCAUGUUCGACAACGUGAUUGGCUUCUCGCGCUCCGCCUUCAUUACGCCCAACAUGAUAUCGUUUUUCCACGUGGGCGUGGCCUGUCUGGCGGGCAAACUCGUGGCCUCCGACAGCCUGGGCUACCGGCGGCUGGGCGUGCUGCUCUUCCAGAUCCGCACCUUCCUGGACGACCUGGACGGGCAUGUGGCGCGCGUGCGGAAGCACAUACGCGGCGAGCGCUCGGAGAUCGGGACAUCCGGCUACUAUGUGGACGGGCUGUGCGACGGACUCGGCUGCAUUGCCCUGCUGCUGGGCAUAUUCUUUUACCUGAAGAACAAUCCGCCGCGCAGGGGCUACUCCAUCAUACCGAUGAGCGACUCGAAGGUGCCGGAGCCCACGAUGAUGAUACCGAAGAUGAAGGCCACGACGCGGAAGGUGGCCAAGAACGUUAUUAGCUUCACCGGCCAGCUGCUGUUGAGCUCGACGGCGUGGAAUCGCUACAUAGCCGUCUAUCAGAACAUGCUGGAGCGCGAGGACGUGAGCAGCGGCCAGUCGCAUUGCCAGGACUACAUCUUCAAGUCCACCUGGUUCUUCUGCGUCGCCUGGACGUGGCGCAUCGUCAAUGUCCACGCCCUGCUCCACUGCGUCCUGCUGAGCAUCUUCUGCGACAAACUGUGGGACUUUCUGCGCGCGAUCCGGUAUAGCGGCUAUAUUAUCCUGCUAGUUGCUAUCUGCUUAACUGAAAUGCACAUUCUGGAGGCCCAGAACUACAUUUUCAACUCUACGGCGUGCAGUAAUAUUUCACUGUGAUUUUAUUAAUAUUACGAGAGAAUACAAUAAUAUUUGUGUAGUGCAAAUCAACGAUGCCUUUUUUAUUGUGUAUAAAUAAUGUAUCAUAAUUGUUAGACUGCUCACGUUAAAGUCGGCACCGCCAAUCACUAAUAUUUCGAAACCAACUAAUGCAUUUUGUCAUUCAUGCAAGAGCAAACAAAAACAACUCCAGCUGUAAAUAAUAAAUGUUAUUGAUUAAUAAA